CUUGACCAGAGAGUAUAAAUGGACAGCGCCGCUAAACCCAGCAUCAAACACUGAAAGAAGCGAAGAAGAGAAGAACAAUAGUGAGCAUAUAUAAAUUUUGAGAGAAUACAGAAUAUCAUGGUCCGCCUGUCAAAGACCACGAAGCUGUAUGUUUGGGCCGUGAUGACAGCUUUGCUGUUGGUGCAGAAUUUCCAUCCAGUCAUAGGAUACGCCAUCAGAGUACAGCGAAGAGAGGCUAAUGAUGACGCGCAGUUAUUGGAACAUAACGAAGCUGACGAAUCAAAUCACCGCAUCCAAAAGAGAUCCGUUGUUGGAGCUGGUCUGAAAUUCGUAUUAAAAAAUUUCUGGGAUGAUUUGCUGUGUCUAGGAGCGCACUUAACGACCCUAACAAACUGCAACAGUUUGUCACCUGGAGCUUGCCAAAGACUAAAAGAUUUAGAAACCAAACGCAGCGAAAUUGAAAACCUUGUGAACGAGACACUGGAGACACAAGUUGAAUGGGCAACAUUGAAUGCUACCAACGAAAAAGCCAUUACUAAUUUACAGCUAAUUGAAAAAGACUUGGAACUGGUAACAUCCAGCAACCUUCGUCUUAUGGGCUUACUAAAUUCAAUCAGCGUCAUAGAAGAAACAGACGAUAUUUACGACUCGGCCACCGAUAAUGUCACAGAGAUCAGAGUACGUUUCCAGAUUGAGAUGGAAACCUACUUGAACGGAAUCAAAGCAUCACUGUCAUCUGUAGAUUCCCAAAUCGAAUCUUUAAAACACCGCGACUACGUAAUGUUUGCUCUCAUGACAGCAGUCCCCCUUGUAGCUCUGCACACCAGCCACAUUGUAACAUCCGCCCGUCAAGCUGUUCUCACGAGAAGCCAGUCCUAUCAAGUGGUAGAUAUCGUUGGUGGCAACGGCAAGAUGAGACUCGCGUAUAACCCAGAAGGGCGACUCUACGUCGUGCAGGAUUCUCCAGAAUUGGGGAAACUGAAGGUUCUGCAGUCGCUCGAUGACGCAGGGAAUGUUGGACGGUUCUGGAAGUUCAUGACGCCAUCUGGACAGUCUGCCAUGGUUUCCGAGUUCCUUGAAAGCUUUGACUUUGAGAGAGGCAAAAGAAUUGCUUGGCUCCAGCAAAAUAACGCCGACUAUCUGAACACACUGAAACAAAAGGGGUAUAUGAGUGCAUUCCUGAGUAGAACAGAUGGUCUUACAACAACAGAGUUAGAUGACUUUGUAAAGAAAGCCGCAGUUUUAGAUCAAGAUAAGUUCUACAAGUACGAUAUCGAUAUCCCUGAAGCUGAUCUUCCAAAGAAUAUGAAAGUAGGCCUAGACUUUCUGGACCCAAAUGACAUUGCUGCGGUCAAUGCAUACAAAAGACUGAAGGCUUAUAACCCUGACCUGCUAGACAGUAUGAAUAAAGCUGGCACAACAGGUAAAUUCUUAGAUAACUCCAAAGCACUCUCAGACGCUGAGUUCGACGCCUACGUCGCAAAGGUGAAAGCAGCAGCUCCCGAGUUACCCGACGGUAAUCNAAUCCAAGACGACCCGAGUUGCCAGGACACCUUGUGUACAUUCCUCCGUGAUGCUGCCGAAAUCCAGGUUAUCUCCGACUUCCUUGCUACGUGGAAUAAUGAUACGGUCACCUCGAGUACAAUUCUGGUUAGUCAAUUGGAUUUCAUGGCGGCCCUGGAGUCCUCCAAGACAGAAAUGCUUGACAUAUACAACUCCGCCACAGUCACCACCAACGUCAUGAAUUGGGUGACCGACGGUUUGACACUGGACAGGAUGCUGGAAAACGCAGUCUCGCUGAAUCUCGACGCCAGUCUUCCCGAUCAUUUCUCCGUCCUGAUGAUAAUCAAGGUCGCUUUCCCGUCGCUCACUUCCUACGACGGAGUUCCACUCAGCUGUAUUGACACUUCCAUCACAACACAAACAGAACUUGAAGCGUUCUUGACCCAAGCAGCUCCUAUAACUGGAGAUGUUGUUGAUGACAUCAAAACUGGAAAACUUAUUGACAUUUCUCCAGAUGGUAUCGUCGGGAUGAUAGAAAGCAAAGUGAAUUCCGGUGAUCUCCCUGCAAACCCAUGUAAUGGCCAAGCUUGUACCAGUGAUGAUGUGCUGAAGGUGAUUGCCGCAGAGUAUCCCGAUGAAACAGAGUAUUAUGGGAUAGCCUUGGCAGCAUUCAAAAACACUGCCACUUGUUAG